AUGAAGAUCACGGAAUUAGAGAGAUCUCCACCAUCACCACGGUCCCCAUCUGCCCCAUGGUCCCCAUUGCCACCACGGUCCCCAUUGCCACUGCGGUCCCUGACCCUGGCCUCCUCCCCAGAAGCUAGACUGUCCACUAGCCUGUACGUUUCCCUGGCCCAGUCCACUUCCCUUACCCUGGCCACUAACCUGUCCCAGUCCACUUCCCUUACCCUGUCCCGGUUCGUGGCCACUAGCCUGUCCCUGUCCAUGGCCGCUAGCCUGUCCCUGGCCGCUAGCCUGUCCACUUCCCUUACCCUGUCCCGGUUCGUGGCCACUAGCCUGUCCACUUCCCUUACCCUGUCCCGGUUCGUGGCCACUAGCCUGUCCACUUCCCUUACCCUGUCCUGGUUCGUGGCCACUAGCCUGUCCACUUCCCUUACCCUGUCCGUGGCCACUAGCCUGUCCACUUCCCUUACCCUGUCCGUGGCCACUAGCCUGUCCACUUCCCUUACCCUGUCCGUGGCCACUAGCCUGUCCGCUUCCCUUACCCUGUCCGUGGCCACUAGCCUGUCCGCUUCCCUGUCCUGGUCCACUGCCCCGUCCGCUAGCCUGGCCUUGUCUGCUACUCUGUCCCUGUCGGCUUCCCUGGCCUGGUUUGCUGCCCUGUACUGGACCACGUGGUUCACUGCAUGCAAAGCCACUGGUGGUUGGGCAACACUUCUGUGUGGUCGGACACUGUCCAUCAUUGAAACAGCUUUCAGCCCACAGUGGAAUCAUCUCCGGUAUGGGACACUGACCCGGCUUCACUGCGUGGACACAGAUAGUCAGCUUUAG